UUGAAUAUUGUUGUCAUGUGUAUAAUAGCAAUUGCUGAAGCAUUGUUACACAAGUGCCCAUUUUCAGCCGAUUCAGGUCUGAGUGAAGAAGAGGAGGAGGAAGAGGAAGAGGAAGAAGAAGGUGAAACAAGUCAGGAUGCAAGAGAUUCUGAUGAAGAAUUUCAGCUGGCUCCCUGGGAGAAAGGACUUGGAAACCCUUUGCCUGAACAGAGCUCUAUCCGAACACGACUGAGGAAUCGGAAUUCUCGUCAUGGGUCUGAUGAUAGCCAGAAUGAUCCAAAAGAUAAAGAAGCAGAUAUUGGUAAGGAGAAAGAAUUGUGGUGAGAUUUAA